AUGAAACUUCAGUUCGAAAGCCUCGACAUGGCCGGGAUGGGUGCCUGGGAUUGCGGCUGGUCACCUCACCCUUACUGUGUUGUGAAAGCGGCCUCCUCGCUUCUAGGGACUCCAAUUCAAGUAAUGCCAAACAGUGAUCAAUCGGAACUAAAUAUACGGGGCUACGAAUUCCUCAAGGCCAUCGGAAAAGGAUCCUAUGGAGAAGUAUGGCUUUGUCAACAAUCGAAAGAUGAUAAACAGGUGAGCUGCACGAAUAAUUUAGUUGAAAUUGUAAAGUACGUGGUAAAGAAAAUCGAUAUUACACAAACAGGACACGCGGAACGCAAGGCAGCUCUGCUUGAAUGCAAAUUGCUUUCCGAACUGAAACAUCCAAAUAUCGUUCCGUACAAGGAGUCUUUCAUCCAGUCCGGAUUUUUGUAUAUUGCUAUGGGAUAUUGUGAAGGUGGGGACCUAUCCACACGAUUGAAACUACAAAAUGGUCGCCUCCUUGCCGAACGUUGUCUCGUGGAGUGGUUCAUACAAAUUGCAAUAGCUUUACAACACAUGCAUUCCAGAAAUAUUUUACACCGCGAUCUAAAAACCCAGAACAUAUUUUUGACUCGAAACGACAUAAUUAAAGUGGGAGAUUUGGGGAUUGCAAGAGUACUUGAUAGCGCUAGUGCAAUGGCAACCACAAUGAUCGGUACUCCGUAUUAUAUGAGCCCGGAACUAUUUGCAAACAAACCCUAUAAUCACAAGUCUGAUAUUUGGGCCCUCGGCUGUGUACUAUACGAAAUGUCUACACUCAAACACGCGUUCAAUGCGCGAAGUUUCAACGCGCUUUCAUACAAGAUACUGAGCGGAAAGAUACCUGAAAUGCCAAACUGCUAUAGUCCGGAAUUGUUGGAUAUAGUGCGUGCAAUGCUCCAUCAGAAACCGGAGAAACGGCCAUCAGCUCGUCGGGUUCUGGGUAACCCGUUCAUACGCAAACACAUCGUACUGUUCUUGGAGAGUACCAAAGAUAAGAGUUCCACAAUAGGAGACCUAUCCCUUGGCAUAACAGAAAGAUCGAGCAUCUGUUCCGCUGAACAGCCAGAGUUCGUACCAGAAUUCAAAGCGAUUGUGGUGCAUGAAUCCCGUGAAGUUAUUAGGAAACCGCCUCUGCCAGACAAAUAUGGAAAAAAGACUCCCCACUCACCUACCGCUUCUCUAGUAGUAGAUGCUAAACAAACCAUACAUCCGACUUCAGCAAAAGACCGAAUCAGUCCCUCAAUUCCGAUCGAGGACGCCCUGGAUAGUCGGAAUGAGCCAAACAUUCCAUCAGCUGCUGAACAACCCCUUUACUCUGUAGGAAGGACAGAAGUCAAAUGGGCCCUAAUGGAUGCUCGACAACGGCGACGUGAACGACGCCGUUUAAGUGAAAAAGGAGGCCAACGAUCGGAAGAAAUGGAGAGUUCCGAAAUUGUUCGCCGUAUUAUUUUACGACAGCGGAAUAACAGUGCUUCGGAUAAGCACAAAAUACAGACCGAGCUAGACACACCACAACGACCGUCUUCUCAUCCGGACCAUCUCCUUACCUCAUCCACUGCUCAUUCCACCUCAUCGUCGCGAUUACCAGGCUCGACCGCUCAACACGUGUCCUUGAGUGCUGGUCUGGCAAACAAUCUCGAUCUCCUCAGCGGUCAUGCAGUUUCAUGCAUCUCGGAUCCGCUGCCGCGGACUCGUUCGGUCGCAUGUUCUCGUAUUCUUCGAUCCCCCGAUAUGGGCUACGUCUCUUCCACGACAUCGUCGUCCCCGAGCUUGUUGGAACGAUUGGAUCAGAUCACAUCCACACCGUCCUCGUCGAGCGUUCCUUCUUCCGAAUCCCGUGAUCUGUCACAUCGAUCGUUCGGUGGAUCUAGCGAUUCCGGAUUGAGUCUGAUGGAGUCGUCAAGUGUGACGUCUUCGGAUUCAAAAAAGCGGCUCAGUUUUCUUGGUUCCGGUCAAGAUCUGCUACGCGUUCCUCCUUCCAUACGAGAAGAGAGAGAGAUGGCUCAUGUGACCACGUGUAUGGUCGAGACACUACGUCUGGGGGACACGCCCGAAUCUGCUGUCCGUCUGCUCUCACCAGCUUGUAAUCUCAAGUCCACUUCCCCACUCGGAGUGGAACUUUGUCCAUUCCCGGGACUUUCUACUCCAGACGUAGAAAAGUCGACCCCAAUCCGCAUGGAACAUUCAGUGAAGUCGCUCAAUCCACUGGAUCAGAGCGAAACCUGUGACUCUGUCAAAGGACCGACUGAACCACAUGACGAAACUAUCAGUCGGACAACUCGCCUAAAAGACCGUUUUGCCAAUCUGCACAAAGAGUGCCUGCGUGAUGUCGGAUUGAGCAAAUUGCAUCGCGUCUACGAUGUUCUGGAUCAGGACUUACCAUCCGAACAGCAAGAGAGAUUGUUAUCCGUGGACAAUGUCGGUGGCCAAGAGCUCUCAUUCACUGUGCCCAAUUUGAAGAGUUUCACUGCCAAUUACGAUAAAUUGCAACUGUGCUUUAUGCGUCAAGAAAAAAAUGUGUACUAA